UUUCUUUGUUUUCGUUGGAAUUGGAGAGAGAGAGAGAGAGAGGGAGAGAGAGAGGAGGAGGAUAGAAUAGUAGAUGAGGAGGCAUCAGAAACGACGAUGACGACGAUGAAUCAACAACCAAUCAAAAAGAAGAAGGGUCGUCCUUCUCUAUUGGAUCUUCAGAAACGCGCUCUCCUUCAACAACAACAAAACCCUGAUUUUCUCAACCGCCAUCGCCGUCAAUCCACUCGCCGGAACCCUACUCCUCCGCCGUCCGAUUCCCUCGCCGGCGACGACGACGACGAUGAGCGCGCAAAGAAGAAGCAUAAGCCCCUUCUCGGGUUUAGUCCCAAUUCUGCUCCGACAUUGUUGCCGUCUAAUUCGGGUUCUUUCGGCUCCGAUUCGAACGCGGAUGGUGAGGAUCCACAGGCCGGUCUCAAGAUCAGUACCGUCCAUCAUGGAUCUAAUCAUAUGAGCCAGGAGGUUUUGAAAGCGACAGACAGUACUAGUAUACAUGGGUCGCAGGUGGAGUCUGGUCCCACGACACCUUUGCCAGACAAAAAGUUGUUGGUGUUCAUCCUUGAUAGGCUUCAAAAAAAGGACACUCGUGGAGUGUUCUCUGAGCCUGUGGAUCCAGAAGAGCUUCCUGAUUAUCAUGAAAUCAUUGAGAACCCGAUGGAUUUUGGAACUGUGAGGAUGAAACUAGAUCAGGGAGCUUACUCCAACUUGGAACAGUUUGAGAAAGAUGCGUUUUUGAUAUGUUCAAAUGCAAUGCAGUAUAAUGCACCGGAUACCAUUUACUUCCGACAGGCACGAUCUAUACAAGAACUCGCAAAAAAGGACUUUGACAAUUUGAGGCAAGCCACGGAUGAUUGUGAGCCCAAACCAAAACUUGCGAGGAGAGGAAGGCCACCUGGCAAGAGCAUGAAAAAGUCAAUUGAUGGGUCUCCACUUGAUCGUGUAGGUCCUCAAACUAUAUCUGAAACAACUCUUGCUUCUGGAGGAGAGAAUCCUAGCUUGUCCAACGCUUACAAUUUAAGAAGACCUGCUUCACACAACAUACGGUCUUCUGAUGUGUUAAACAGGGCUCCCAAUGGGUCUUUUAGUGGUGAAACAAGUUGGUUGUCUGGAUGGGAGAAUGAAUUUCCAACUUCGGUAUUGAGAAGUGUGCAAAAGUAUGGGAUGAAACAGUUUACCGUAGAUGAGAAUAGACGUGACACUUAUGCCCAAGGUCUGGCUUCUGGGAAUGAACCAUCUAUGUUCACUGGUCUUGAAGGAGAGUGGAAGCAACUUGUGGCGGUAGGUGUACACUUUGAGCAUGGUUAUGCAAGGAGUCUAGCUCGAUUUGCUGCAAAUCUUGGACCUGUUGCUUGGAAGGUUGCUUCAGAGAAAAUUGGCAGUGUUUUGCCUAGUGGACUCAAGUUUGGUCCGGGAUGGAUAGGAGAAAAUGAGUCAUCAACGUUGCAGCAGUUUUCAAUCUGCGAGAGGGGAAAAGAGAAGGUUCAAUGCUACCCUGCAUCUGAUGACCAUACAGACAGACUUCUACCUCAAAGUACAUCAGGCUCAAAUCCCGUUGUUUCACAUAGAUUUUCGCAGCAAAGCCAUGAUAACAUGGAAAGCAGGAGAGAAUUGAGUUUCCACAAUGAGUUGGCGUCACUUAACAGUGGUGUUUGUGGGAUAAGACCCGUGCCUCCUUUCCUGGUUCGGCAGAGUUCCGCAAAUCACUCGGGGAAGCCAUGUUCAACCAACACUUCAGUGCCUUCGCAAAUACUCGGCAUGGUUUCGGACGGCAACACCAUCAUCCAUCAAAUGCCGAUUAAGGAUAGUUCUUCAAAUGAAGCCAAACAGUCGGAAGUUUCAAGUAGAUCGAAAUCUAACAAUGUGCUUGGUGGGGAAGCAUCUUGGCAUGGCCCAUCCAUAUACAAUAAACAGGUUUCUUAUACAUUCCCCUCUGACCUGAACGUCAAACUUGGUGCACCGGGCUCACCUGGUUCGGUUGUUCAAAUUGGUUUGCAACAGCAGCCAGAUUUAGCUUUGCAGCUUUAAUCGGAGCCCUGUAGCGUAUAUAGACAAUAAUAGUAGGGAUUACAUUAACACGUUGGGGCUCUUUUUUCUUAUUUCUUUCUGAUUAAAAAUUGUUAUGAAGGUCGCUCUCUGAUUGCCGCAAGGAAUCAUGACAAAUUCACAGUAGUAGGGCAAAGUUUUUGUACAGAUUAAUCAUUUUUAUGUUAAAAUCUAUUGGUUUAGCAAUUUAAUCCA